GUUGCGAGCAAACCUUAUGCUAUAAAGCCGGGGAGCACAAACAGCUUCUUGAUACCUUACAAUGGCUCCCAGAACUCACGAGCAAUGGGUCGCAGAACAGACCGGACCUGUGCCCGCUGUCGUCACCGCUGACUUGAGCGGGAAGACACUUGUCCUGAUCGGCGCUAAUGCUGGACUAGGAUUCGAAGCCGCGAAACAUUUUGCUAGGAUGAACCCUGCGCGGCUGGUAUUGACUGCAAGAGAUGAAGCAAAGGGGAAGCAAGCUCUUGCCGAGAUCCAAGCCGACACUGGCUAUUCCACGGCAGAAUUUUGGAUUAUCGAUCUCCUCAAUUUCAACAGUGUCAUUGCGUUCGCUGAUAGAGCUGACCGAGAACUGGAGCGAUUGGAUAUCCUCGUAGAGAAUGCUGGCAUUGCUACACGGGACUACGAACAAGUGGAGGGUUGGGAGAAAACGAUACACACGAACAACCUCGGACCCGGCUUACUCGCUAUUCGUAUGAUCCCAAAAAUGCUCGAGACGGCACGCAACCAUUCAGUGAAUCCGAGACUAGUAAUCGUUGCAAGCGACACCCACUACUGGACGAAGAUCGAAACGGAUGUGAUCGCUUCUCCAGGUAUCCUUGCGAAGCUGUCAGACGAGGAGUAUUGCACGAAAGAGGUAAUGGAGCACCGAUAUCGUGAUACCAAACUGCUCAACGUUCUCUUUGCCCGAGCUCUUCAGCUUCAUGUCCCGUCUUCCCCAGCUAUCACCGUCAACUCUGUGAACCCCGGAUUUUGUUUCUCGGGUCUCGGAUCUGGUGCCUCUGGCGAGCAGGCUGAGCGUAUGCGAAAGAGACGAGAGGAAUUUGCGUUCACUACGGAAGAGGGGAGCCGGCAGCUAGUCUACGGUGCAGUAGGAUCUCUGGAUAAUGAGGAGAAACUUCGGGGAAAGUACAUUCACAUGUCUGAGGUCGUAGAGGAGAGCGACUUUGUGAUCAGCGAGGAUGGGAAGAUCGUCCAGGAUAAGGUUUGGGAUGAAAUGCUAGAGAUUCUGGGUAAAAUUGAUCCCAAGGUUUCGGAGGUGGCUCAAACGUAUUUAACGAAGCCUUGAGAUUUACGUUUGCCUGAACGUAUAUUGCUGGAUCUAGGUACGAAGUAUCUGACGGUAGUGGGAUCUCACAGAGACUAUAUCCUGUCAGCCGAAAUGAAAAGACUGCUUUCCUUACCAUUCUGCUAGGA